GUGUGAAAGGGUGUGGCGGUCUGGCGGUUUUCAGGGAUGAAGGUACCGUUGAAUUUGAUCUGAAGCUGUGUGGCCAUAACCUGAAACUAUAUGAAUCUGAUUUGGAGCCUUCUGGACAUCACAUGAUGCUACAUGGUUUUCACCUGAAGCUACAAGGACAUAAAGUCAGUCUCACGAGUACCCUUUAUGUCGAUAGAAGAAAUUUCUCUAAAUUAGAUGAUAGGUUUCAUAUUUUCAAAUAAAUAUUUCAUUAUAAAUACACACAGUCAGCCCAAUAAAUAUUCGUACCCUAUAUGUCUAUUGAAGAAAUUUGUUUAAAUUGAAUGGUAGGUUUGAUGUUUCCAAGUGUAUGCUUGUAUAAAUAUGUUGAUGAUUAUGAUGUCAUUCGCAAGCUUCUUCAAUAGACAUAAAAGGUACGAAUAUACAUUCGUAAAGUUUACUCAUUUAUAAUGAAACAUUUAUUUGGAAACAUCAAACCUAUAAUUUACUUUACACAAAUUCUUCGAUAGACAUAGAGUACUUAUGAAACUAACUGUAUAUGGUUCUAAUCUGAAGCUACAUAAACCUGACAUCAAGUAUGUUUACAACCCGUACCGUCGUUUCACCCUCUUUGACGGUCGCUGCCGUCGAAUCGCUCUGUAGAUCUUGAUCCACGAGGAUAAGCGAAUCCACGCGUGGUCAUCCUAACUCGUUGUAGAGAGUAUAUCCUUAGACACGUUGCGAGCAGAAUGUUACAGGGUAGGCGCUAGUACAAAGACGGGGCUCGGGGCCCGUCGAGUCGCUUAAGAGCUGACACGUGUACGUGCAUACGAUGUCAGAACCUGUACAUACGCGUAUACUUAAAGAGAGUAAUUGCGUUAAGUGGAUUUCUAGAAAGAUGCGUCCUAAGGACUACGCUCGCUCGGCUCGAUCAGUUAUCCGAGUCUCCGUAUCGCGGUAGCUGCAGAAUAUACCGGGGAUCCGAAGAAAUUGCAUCUGAUUAGAAUUUGGUGACAUCAACGUUUCUCGGAAACAUAUUUUAUUUUGCUCAGAAUUUAGUUAGGCACCAAUUAAUAGUAUCGUUAUUAUGAAAAUAGAAAAUUGCGGAUUGGAGUCGCGAGGAUAGAACCUGACAUUUACCCUCCGAUUUCAAUCUGGUUUUGUAGGGUGGCGGAGUGUCGGGAUAUGUAGGAUAUUAGAUGUAGAUACUCCAUAGUUUUAAUAAUGGAAGUUCAAUGUUCCUUAGGUUGUGGUAUCUGUAUAUUAACAGUUGCGUAAAUGUAAAUUGUGUAAUUACCUUCAUCGAAGUAGAGUUCGCGCCUCUAUGAAUUCAUCAAGUAUCUACACCUAAUGUUCCAGGUAUCCUAUCAGAGAUCCAUGCUCCACCAUCCUGCGAAAACACGUUCAAAUUAAAGGAAAACAGUUCUUCUUGGAUAGAUGCAUUCUUUGCAGGUCCUUGCAGUAGAAACGGUGGCAUUUAUCGGCGCGCGCAACGGUGGCGUCGCGCUGCGCUGCGACUACCGCUGACACGAUUUCCCACCCUCUCGUUUCCUCUUCCUUUGACGUCCUUUUAUUCGUCUAGGCUAAGAGACUGACGGCCACUUCGAUCGACGAACUUCGUACGCGGAGCACUUAAGAAAACGUAGUUUCGAGUUCAAGGAACUUCCCUUUAACGUUUGCGAAGCCCUUAUUUUUGUUUUCGCAAAUAUUGCCAUACGGACACUGUACGUUAUACGUACACGCGCGUGAAAUACUCAUUGUUCAAAGUCGGGGACAGGGUCGGUGGCUUCCCCGGAAUUUAGAAUAUUACCGUGUGCCAAAUAAUCUCCACGCCCCGGAGACACGAUAGAGAAUUAAGCGGAAAGUGAUUUGUAUUAAUUUGUGACUUGGCGAACGUUGGCACAUGUGCCCGAACCUUGGCGAACGUUGUUGGCACAUGUGCCCGAACGAAGCGCUUAGAUUUCUUCGCUCUGAUAACCAAAACAUUUGCGCUGAUAAUAUAAUUUAUAGCAAUGAAAUCUCUGCAACACUGAUUCAAACCCCUUUCGUUCGACAAAGGGUCACGUUCUACGGGAUUCUCUUUACAGGAGAAAUAUUUUCCUCUUCGUUCGAUGGAUCCGACACGAAAGGAACUGACAUUUGGAUUUAGGUCUCAAGUAAUAGAAUUCCCGACGUGAAGCACGCAGUCUUCCGUGCAGCCCCGUGUCCCGACCCGCCCCCGCGUUAGCGUGUAAUGAAAGUAUUGAAUCGUGAUAAGUUUGCGAGGAAUCAAGUGGAUGUUAAUGCGUCGAAUUCAGAUUCUUAAGGUCAGAGUUUCUCGCGAUGAAUGAUUCGCUAAACGAGUGCGAGAAACGCGAUGACGUGGAACAAAGUUUCGCUUCGGUAUGCGUGUGUCUCGCGUGCGGCCCCCGCCAUCGACGAUGUGAGGGGGAAGGGGUGCUCCGUUCUCACGAUAUUAUUAAGUUUUAUAUGUACUUCCUAGAGCUAGGCACUAUUUUUAUAACGGUAGCGUGUAGCGGUCGUUAACGACGUAGAUUGCGUAUGGAUCUGUACGAAAUACUGUGAAUAUUUAUUUUGUUCUUUUUUGCAUACAAAUAUAUAACGUUUUAUAAGUGUUCUGUUGAGAAAUUCCGUCUUCUUAUUUUCAUCGAUUCAGUAAUAAUUUGUUGUUAAAUUCAUUAGAGAAUCGUUACGUGAAUUUCACAAAUUUCGCGCUCCUGGUUCAAAUUCCCACUGCUAAUGCUAUGACGAUGGCUUCGGGCGGUAGAUAAUAUCGUUUCGUUAAUGCUUCAUCGUUAUUAUUUAGAAAACAUGAAUUAUAAUGACGUGGUUUACUCUGUCGGUUAUCAUAGAUACAGUUUUGUAUGAAAAUAGUGUUCGUUUAGUGCGUAGGAAUUUGUGAAUAAACGUCGACGGUAGUUAUAAACGUUACUCGUGAAAUAAGAAUUUGUUCAUGAAUUAUAUCGGAACGUAUAGUGACAGUUAACGAUCACGAGAACAUGCCAUUAAGUCAGAGAUAUUCUGGGUGAUAACGAGAAAAUUUAGUGAAAUAGAAAGGAGAAUUUCUAGAUGAAAGAUCUGGCGAAUCUUAUCGAUCGUGAGAUUAAGUAUUUAAAUACCUCGGUGUGUAAUUACAUUCCAGUUAUCGAUCGAUAGAUUAGAUAUCGUUAUCGCCUGUCCUCAACGACCAACUGUAUUCAAUACGCGUCUCUCAGUAUAUCACUAUGAGAUCCCUUCGAUCGAAUUUCCGGCAUUAAAUUUCAUUCAAUCCGCAUCGAUUAAAAAUCAGCGUCAAAUUGGUCGAGAGAGGCGAGACCGACCACGAACUCGCAAUCAAUCUAGCGCGCUUUAAAUCGGGAACGGGAACCAUCGUCGAAGUUCGCCAGGAAAGUUUCUCACCGCAGACCUAUCGAGCACGUUGGUAGCGAUAAAUUUCAACUUGCAAAUUUAGUGUCGCGAUAGAGGGCUCGAAUUCAAGGCGGUUCACCAGAAGAUCGACAAAGAGCUCCUGGAAACCAGCCCAUCUGUCAGAAUCCACGAAACUAAUCGCGUUAUCGUCCGCCGCGACGAUACCAAAAUUCGAUAUAGGAGAACCAUGUACUUCUGAACAAAUUUAUUAGGACACACGAUAGAUAAAUUAAGGCGAUCGUCGAUAGAAUAAGUGAUCACCGACGCCGCAGUCACGAUUCGAGGCCUUCCUAUCAGGUAAUCUGAUAACCCAAAGAGCCGUCGGCGAGGAGACCUCUGAAAGGAGCCAAUCGCGAGGCUUUCCGUCAACUGGAAAGUAAGAGCAACCGAGGAUCCAAGUGCAACGAUCACUUCAGUCUGAAGCAUGGAGCGACGAGCGUCGAUUCGUCGCUGUUCUGUUUUCUACGGUUCGUGGCCACGUUUCGAGAUCUCGAGAUCGUGGUUUCCGUGUCUCAUCUCGACGCCGAGGAUCGUCCCUCUGGUCCCCAGGAUUUUCAUAUCGCGAACGAACUUCUGCGAUUUGAUCUCACGUCGUCGUCGCGGUUGGAGCUGAAGGUUGAUCUCUGGAAAGCAGAGAAGAGUACUCGGGAACGACGUCCAUGACACAGUGUGGCACAUCAUGGCGGUGGAGUCGAGGUAAAUUGUGCGGGGACCGCGAUCGAGGGGUUACGUCCAAGGAAGAUGGAGAUAGGGAAUUAUUUGCGAAUUUUCGAGAAUGGCUCGACUUUAUCGAAUGAUUGCUAUUGGCGCUUCGAAGUGGGCACUUUCAGAGUUACAGGAGAUCGAGCGUGUCAGGUUCUCGAAAGUAGUGGUUGACGUAUUUCUUAGUUUUUAAAGGAAGACAAAAUAUUUCGUUAGGAUCGAUGGACGUAAUUAUUAUUCGAUUAUUGAAAUAGUUGGUGUAUGCAUUACUUCCAUUAUGAAAAAAAAAAAAUGCAACCGAAUUCACAUUCAAAUGCAUAUUAUAUAUCCUUGAGAAAUACAGAAUUCAACGGGUUCAACGUCCCAGAAAUCAUUCACAAUUUCCACCAAAAAAUGUGUGAUCGGAAUCAGACGCCAUGGGUACUCAAUUCUCAUGGUCCACCAUGUAUUGUUGAAGUUUGUGUCAGUUGACGAACGUUCCCAGCGGUCCCAGGAUGGAAAGUCUCGUUCGUGAUUGGCGACAAAGACAAAAAUGUUUCAAAUGCAGCGAGUUGAGGUGCGAUUCAAUGUCCCUGCCCCACGGGAGCGAUUCGCUUGGCACACUUACGUCGCACAAAAGGAUGCCGCGAGCCCCCUGAGUGCGAGGCUGUUCCGCGGCCCGCGAAAAUGUCCCAGGAAAAGUGUCUUUCAACGUCGUCAUGGACGCGUCUAACCACGCCGCGUGGGAUUCGUUCCGCGGAAAUAAACGAGAAUUCUUUUAGAAAGCCAGCCAUUCUCGCGGAAUUUUCCUCGGGAGUGGUUCAGACAGGGAUUCUUUUCGGUUCGCCUGACCUAAUCAGGCUACAGAUGGAUGCCAUGUCAGCUGAAAAUCGAGCUGAACAUCUGCAGCUGCGACUACGACGGCAUAAUCCUGGUGUCGGGCUGUGCGCCCGGCUUCGACGAGCCUGAACCCUUCAAAACGGUCCUGUACGCAGCGGCUCAGAUCGAUUCCGCUCUGGGCGUGAUCGGAGCCGUUUUGCCCAUCAAUCUUCCUGCCAAAAGGCUUAUUUACAGUCCCACUGGCCCGCUCAACAUGGAUUACCACGACGUCAGAAGCUUCGCCGAAGCGGCCACCAAGGGCGUCCAAAGAGCAUUGAAAGCCGGCGUCAGGUGUCCGCUGUUCGCGCUUCUGCCGGACAUCCGCUUCGAGAACGUCGAACUCGUCACGCUGCUCGGCGCUCUAGAGGGUCUGUAUGUGCCACUGGAGGUACGAGAGAUCUGCCCAGACCGUUGUUACAAGGCGUGCCAGUUGGCCGUCUGGAGUCCGAUCUGCAGCAAGAAGCUCCAGGGUAUCGUGAAGCUGGCCUCUGCUCUCGAGAGCGGAAGAUACGUCGCUAGGGAUAUCGGUGGUGCAGAUCCCGAAAGAAUGGCGCCACCAAGAGUGGAAGAGUACCUCGCCGAAUUGUUCUGCGGCUCCAACGUGACGAUGCAGGUGGUGUCCGAUCAAGACACCCUGCUGCAGGAGUAUCCCCUGUUCGCGUGCGUGAAUCGCGCCGCCUCGAUGAUCCCCCGCCACGCGGGGAGGAUCAUCUUCUUGACCUACGAGCCUCCUAAUCCAGCCUGCGUCUUGGAGACGAUCAUGCUCGUGGGAAAGGGUGUCACCUACGACACCGGCGGCGUCGACCUCAAAAUCCAGGGCGCAAUGUUCGGCAUGUCGAGGGACAAAUGUGGGGCGGCUGCGUGCGCUGGAUUCAUGCAGGUCGUGAAUUUACUGCAACCGCCGACGGUUAAAGCGGUGGCGGCUUUGUGCGUGGUGAGAAACAGCAUCGGCGAGAAUUCUUACGUUUCCGACGAAGUGAUCACGGCGAAAUCCGGAGUGAGGGUACGUGUGGGGAAUACGGACGCCGAGGGACGAAUGGCGAUGGCGGACGCGCUGUGUCACAUCAAAGAGAUGGCAUUGUGCUCGGUUAAUCCCCACAUCUUCACCGUCGCGACGCUCACCACCGCCGCUGUGCUCACCGCUGGUCGAGGAUACUCGAUCGCCAUGGACAACGCCGUGGCGCGUUUGGUCAGCAACGCCGAGAAGCUUCAGGCGUCGGGUGAGACGAUGGGCGACCCCUUCGAGAUAUCGAGGAUACGAAGGGAGGACUUUCGGUUCCACGAAGGUCUGACAGAGGGUGACGACGUCAUCCAAGACCGUGACAAACUGUGCACGGGGACGGAAAGGGGCCAUCAAGGCCCGUCCGCGUUUCUGAUCCUGGCGUCUGGCUUAGACCACGUACGCGAACUCGUUCGUUACCCUCGUUCUAGGUCUCCGACUGGAUUGGAUGCACAUCGAAAGUUGUGCUUCCUAAAAUUUAUUUUUCAAUUUGCAUACCGUUAUCGGUAUUCAUCGAUGGUCCCGUUAUAGAAUUUGUUUCAGUAGUCGAACAUAAAUUGGGUUACAGAGGGUUAAGGCACCAGUAAAAAAAUAAUGACUAGCCGCGUAUUGGAAAUGCCUGGGAAUCGUCGCUUGGAAGUUACGGAUAGCGCUGGCGACGUUCCCGCUCUGCCAACAGGUGCUCCAAUUCCGAUGCUGGCCAAAUCCUCUGCCACGUCGAGGAAUCGAAGGGACUUGAUAUUUAUGUUCUAGCUUCCGGAUUGAAAACUUUCAUUCCUCAUCCCUGAGAGGCCCUAGUUACAUGUUAGAAUAAUCCUGCCUACUGAUUAGGCAUUUCUGGUGACAAAACGUGUCAUCCGUCAGUAAUCUAAUCUAUCUCUGACCUAAGAUAGUCUUCAAAGCCUUGAAACUCGUGAACCCCACGAAAGGAAGUCGCACUAAUCGUAUUACUAGGUUGGUAAGGCAUUAAUUUCUUACCAACCUAAUACAUAGCGCCCAACCCUCUGUAACAUUCCACGCAGGUCAACAUAUUUUCCGCCAUAAAAGAACGAUGAAUUUUUUAUAGACGAUCAGCUUAGCACAAGUACCACGAGGAGGCGUUAAUGGCAGAUUAAAAAGCUUUUCCAUUACAACGACAUUUAAAGCCUCGUUUAUCGGGCCUUCCUCUCCGUUUCUCCCUCCAGCAUCCUUUCUCACCCCCCUCGUAUCAAUUUCAGCACGGCGCCUGUAGCUGCUCCCCUUUAAAGUACACGCAC